AUGAUAAUGAGGUUCCUGUACACAUGGAUUUUAUUCACUCAGGUGAGAGCAGCUGAUCCUCCCUGCAGCUUACUUGGCCUGCCCAAUCCUCCUGAACUCAGCAAAGAUGGAGAUGUACUGAUUGGUGUUCAAGCAAUCAUAGGUGAACCAUCCUCGAGUCCUUCUAUUGCAUUGUCUGCUACUGUAGGACCUUUGCACAUACCUGUGGUACUCAAUGAGUUGAAGAAACUCUAUUUCAUCACUACAACUGGAGAGGUUGUAUACUUUGAUGAGAAUGGAGAUCCAGCAGCGAGGUAUGAACUGGUUAAUUGGCAAAAAGACAAAGAUGGUAAAAUAGAGUUUGUUAAAGUAGGUUUCUAUGAUGCCUCUCUGAAUACAGACCUUCAACUGUCAUUUAACAACAUCAGUAUAUCCUGGGCCCAUAAUGAAUCACAGGUGCCAGUCUCAGUGUGUAGUCCAAGUUGUCCCUUGGGUACAAGGAAGGCUGUACAGAAAGGAAGGCCAAUCUGCUGCUUUGACUGUAUACCAUGUGCAGAAGGAGAAAUCAGUAAUAUAACAGACUCUAUAACUUGUAUCACAUGCCCACCUGAGCUGUGGUCUAAUGACAAGAGAGAUACAUGUGUGUUAAAGUUGGUGGAAUUCCUGUCUUUUGAGGAGAUAAUGGGAAUCAUUCUUGUUUCAUUUUCUUUGUUAGGAGUUUUGUUCACCAUCUGUAUUGCUGUAAUUUUCUUUAAACACAAGGACACACCAAUUGUUAGAGCAAACAACUCUGAGCUGAGCUUCCUGCUGCUCUUAUCGCUGACUCUGUGUUUUCUCUGUUCACUUACGUUCAUUGGUCAGCCCUCUGAGUGGUCCUGUAUGCUGCGUCACACAGCAUUUGGGACAACAUUUGUCCUCUGUAUCUCCUGUGUUCUGGGGAAAACUGUAGUGGUGUUAAUGGCCUUCAGGGCUACACUUCCAGGCAGUAAUGUCAUGAAAUGGUUUGGGCCUCCACAGCAGAGACUCAGUGUACUCGCCUUCACUCUUGUACAGGUCAUUAUUUGUGUACUUUGGUUAACAAUAUCUCCUCCUUUUCCCUACAAAAAUAUGAACUACUACAAGGAAAAGAUUAUAUUAGAAUGUCAUGUAGGCUCAGUUAUAGGUUUCUGGGCUGUUCUGGGUUAUAUAGGACUUUUGGCCCUUUUGUGUUUUAUCUUGGCUUUUCUGGCCCGGAAGUUGCCUGACAAUUUCAAUGAAGCCAAAUUCAUCACAUUCAGCAUACUUAUAUUCUGUGCAGUUUGGAUCACAUUUAUUCCUGCUUAUUUCAGCUCUCCUGGAAAAUUCACUGUAGCUGUAGAGAUAUUUGCUAUUUUAACAUCAAGCUUUGGUUUAUUAUUCUGUAUAUUUGUUCCAAAGUGUUAUAUAAUCAUGCUGAAGCCAGAUAAGAAUACAAAAAAGCAAAUGAUGGGUAAAGCAUCUGUGAAAUGA